ACACUGUCGAGCCCUGACCUAGGAAAGAAGCUAGGAAGGGAGACCACAACCCAUUCACGCAGCACCUAACAACGGCAUUUUCCGAUCAAAGACAACCUUAUACCCCGCAAACCGGCACGGCGCGCCGAAGCCGCCCCAGGGUCUCCGAUGAUGAGCGAACCACAGAGCAACCAGCAGAACAACCAGAACCGACAACAGCAGCCGCCGCCCAAGUCGCCGUCACUUGUGUCGCCGCGCGGGAUGCAAAGCAUGGCGAGGCCGCCGAUUCUGCAGUCGAUGCCCGACACGCGACAGCAGUCGUUCGAGGAGAUCUACGGGCCGCCUGAAAACUUUCUUGAGAUUGAGGUCCGCAACCCCCGCACCCACGGCAUGGGCCGCAACAUGUACACGGACUACGAGAUAGUAUGCCGGACCAAUAUCCCGGCCUUCAAGCUGCGACAGAGCACAGUGCGGCGGCGGUACAGCGAUUUCGAGUACUUCCGCGACAUCCUCGAGCGCGAGAGCGCGCGCGUUACGAUCCCGCCGCUCCCCGGAAAGGUGUUUACGAACCGCUUCAGCGACGACGUCAUCGAGGGCCGCCGUGCAGGGCUAGAGAAGUUUUUAAAGAUUGUGGUGGGGCAUCCGCUGUUGCAGACGGGGAGCAAGGUGUUGGCCGCUUUUGUGCAGGACCCCAACUGGGACCGCAACGCCUGGUGACUUCGUUUAUUCGACUCGUGGACCAACGGGUCGAAGCCUGGCCGAAUCUCACGGAAGCUGCAGAAACGGCCGCCGAGGAACCUUCUACUAUCUGAAACGCAGCUGAACAAGGUAUCACAACUAGCA